AGGAAGAAAAUCUUUUGCAUUUGUUCAGGUGUCCAUCAGAAAAGAGGGCUCUGAGAAUUAUACUCAGAGAUUUGAUACUCCUUAUCAAGGGUAUUAACAGAUAGCCACUAGGAAAGAACCAAUUCAUGAUAGUAAGGAAAAGAAGAAGUGGUUAGGUCCACUACCUACUCCAUCAGACAAAAUGCAGGAUUUAAUCCGAGAAUAUGCUGUCAUGAUCCUCAAAGAUGUUACACGUGCGAGGCUUGAGAAGGGAUCAACAGCUAAAGGGAGUGACAAUGACUCUACGGGAAAGAGAAAUAGCUCUUUAGAUCCAUCAACAUCGACUAAUGGAGAAAUAUCUACUCUUUUACCUGCCAAAUGGACCAAUAUGCAGGGCUUACCAAGAGAGCACGAGGCAGGCCAAAACCGUCUCUAUGUACUAUACACUCGCCAGGAAUCUGAGACUUCACCAGAUGUUGUGACAGGUGUGUUCAAGCAUGUUCAGACCACCACACAGGGGCAACUCAACCGUAAAGUCACAGAAGCAAUGGCUAUAGAUUUUGUGAUACACCAUUCACACCAAAUUCAGAUUAGGUCGUCUGCCUUUCAAAGACACAUUGGAUGUCACCUUCCUAAACUGUGA